AUGGCAGUCCGAAAAUCAGAAGUCAUUGGAAUAAGGGCCAAGUUUCCUUCUAAAAUCCCGGUCGUUGUGGAGAGGUACAAUAAAGAAAAAUAUUUGCCCCUACUGGACAAAACUAAAUUUCUGGUUCCGAAGGAUAUUUCCAUGUCUCACUUUCUAAACAUUCUCAGGAAUAGAAUGAAUUUGUCAGCUACACAAGCCUUCUACAUUCUAGUAAAUGAGAAGACCCUUGCUACUAUGUCCCUUUCUAUGGCAGAACUUUACAAUGCCAACCAAGAUGAAGAUGGCUUUAUGUAUAUGACCUAUGCAUCCCAGGAAAUGUUUGGCAACGUGCCUGCAGAUGGGUAA